UCGUCCUCAGCGCUAGAUUCGAACUGCAGAGUUCAGCAGGUAGCCAAAACAAGAAAAGGAAAAGUGGAGGCCAGAGGAAAUAGAAGGAAAGAGUAAAGCAUAUAGAGAACAAAACAGCUUCUGUGCUUUACAUUGCUUAGUGCUUUUUGAAGAAUAUUCUUAUCCAUUAAGACUUAAAUAAUUACAGUUAAAAUGGUGAGCUGCAAAGUAAUUGUUGCCUCUUUGGUGGUGCUCCUGGCCUUCUUGACAGCCAGUGAAGGGAGAAGCCUUGGUAUGGAGCUGCACUGCCGCUGCAUCCAGACAGAGAGUAAACCCAUUGGCCGCUACAUUGAGAAAGUGGAACUGAUUCCUGCCAACUCUCACUGUGAUGUAACUGAGAUCAUUGCUACUCUGAAAAAUUCAGGCAAAGAGGUUUGCCUGAACCCCGAGGCUCGCUGGGUGCAGAGAGUGAUCAAAGCAAUUCUGGCAAACAAAAAACGAUGAAGAGACACCGAGAAAUUUGCCACCAGAGUCCUGGCCAUUUUUUACAAAUCAAAACUUGAUGUGAUGACAGUGUCAUCACCUUCAUGUCAUUUUACCACCACUGGACAGCUUCAAGUUCCAGUCAGCUGAUGGAAAUGACAGCAGAGUUGUAACAGAAGUUAACUGUUAUGUUUGUAUCAAACAUGGUUUUUACUGAUGGGUCUAUCUUUAUGCUACUUCUGUGUUGUUGCCAACAUUUUGGCAGCUCUUGUGUGGAAAAAUUGCAUUACUAUGCUUUUGUCUUUAACUUAUGUUUAAUAUAUUUAUUGAUAUAUUUAUGAUAAGUAUGUUUUAUUUGGUAUUUGUGCUUCUAAUCGCAACCAACUGAUUUAUUAAAAUGUUACAUGAAGUUAAAAAACAAUGCUGUUUUGUCUCUCCUAAUUUCCACUGUAAAUCAAAUUGUUAAAUUCUGUUAUUUAGAAUUUAACUCUACAUCAAUGGCCUUAUCUACUCUUAUAAA